GGGCGGUGCGCGGGCGCGGUGUCGCGCGGCAUGCGGCGCCGCCCGCUGCUGCUGCUGCUGCUGGCGUUGCUGCGCACGCACGGCCUGCUAGCCGCGUCCGGAGAAGCCGAUUAUACACUGGAUGAUUCAUUUUGGAGUGAAGACGGGCCCUUUGGUAACUUACCGGAAGACGCAAAAUCUGAUGGGACGAAGGCGCGGUCGCUACCAGUCGGAGACUCCGGGGCGAAGCUGUCAGUCUGCGACGCUGUCAAGUGCAACCUUGCUAACAAGUCCUGGACCGAUAAAGAGGUGGAACGGCUACUGCGUGGAUACCGACAAAACCAAGAUUUGGUACGCAACAUCGCCGGCCACUACUAUCAGAUCAUAUACCCCGUGCAGCUACGCCACCACGAGAAGAUGGGCAUUUCCACCAGGGAGGUCAGCACGCCAAAGGGACGCGGAUUUGGUUCAGACUACCAACAGGGGACAAGAAUGCGCGCAAGAACCGGCAAACACUUUCACCGCACGUCACUGCUCAUCAAAGCCUUCAACCACAAGUUCCGUCUUGAUCUCGAGCUUAACACGCAACUGCUGGCACCAAACCUCAAACAAACACAAUACCUCGCUAACGGUGCUGAAAGUGAAGUUAGAACGGAAAUCGAGCACUGCUACUACCACGGCACGGUGAAGGACUACCCGGGCGCGUCCGCCGCCUUCCACACUUGCAACGGCGUGUCGGGCGUCAUCCACAUCGGCAACGAGACCUUCGUCAUACACCCCUUCUAUGGCGGCGAUCUAUCGCAGAAACACCCACAUGUGAUCUUUGAGGCGCGGACAAAGAUGAACAGGGGGUGUGGUAACAAACUCGAGCAGAACAACCAGAAGUCAGGCCGGCGGACCAAGCACAUCGAAUACAUACAGACUGUACUAUCUGAGGCGACGGAAUAUACUGGCAAAGCAGUGGACUGGUGGCAACAGGGUUUAAGCACAUACGCCAUACGGAGGUUCAAACGGGACGUGAGAGAAACCACGAAAUACAUCGAGACAGCGCUGGUCAUCGACAGGGCAAUGUUCGAGAGGAGGAACGGCAGCACGAGGUCGGAGGUCGUCCAUGAUGCCAUUCAAGUCGCCAACAUCGCUGAUCUGUACUUUCGCACGCUCAACACGCGGGUGUCCAUCGUUUACAUCGAGUCCUGGCAGAGCGCUGACCAGGCGGACAUAGACAGGAAGCAUGACAUCACGCGAGCCAUCCAGAAGUUCAGCGACUACACUGCCAGAAAACUCUUCAAGAUAGAGAAGGACACCACGCAAUUACUAUCAGGUACAAAUUUUCCUGGGGGCGAAUCCGGUAUAUCCGUGCCUGACACGAUGUGCACGCCGAAGUCCGUAGGCAUCUCAGUGGACACCAACACGUACGAGCCUCAUCUCCUGGCCGGCACCAUGGCGCAUAUGAUCGGACACAAUAUUGGCAUGGGCCACGACGAUGGCAGAGAGAACUGCUUCUGCCGCGACUGGCACGGCUGCAUCAUGGCACAGUCCAUCGUGGGGCUGGAGAACGUCCAGCCGUACAAGUUCUCCGAGUGCUCCAAGAACGACUACAUCAAUGAGCUCCGAAUCGGACAGGGACUGUGUUUGCUCAACAAGCCUAAUGAGUUGGUAGUCCACCGUCAAUGCGGCAACGGGCGACUGGACGAAGGAGAAGAAUGUGACUGUGGGACCAUAUCCGAGUGCCAGCACCUCAACCCCUGCUGCGACCCCUUCACCUGCCGCCUCACCAAGGAAGCUCAGUGUGCGGAGGGAGAAUGUUGCGAGAGAUGUCAGCUAAAACCACGCGGCGUGACAUGUCGAGAAUCAACGAACGAGUGUGACCUAGAAGAAUCCUGCACCGGACUGUCCGGGUCCUGUCCAACGGAUGCCUACAGGAAGAACGGGGAAGCUUGUGAGUCCGGCAAGGGGUACUGCUUCGCCGGACAAUGUCCCACACUAGCGACCCAGUGCGAAAAGAUUUGGGGUACAGGGUCCACGGGUGCUGACAAGGAGUGCUUUGAACAGUUCAACUCCAAGGGGUCUGUCACAGGACAUUGUGGGAAGGACAAUAGUGGCAACUUUAUGAAGUGCGAAUCAGAGAAUGUAAGAUGCGGAUCACUGCAGUGCCAGUCUGGUAACAGAUAUCCAGUAGUUCCAGGCAUGGAUGAAUACUACACCAGAACCGUCAUCACCAUCAAAGGCCAGGAGUACGACUGCAAGGCUACCACUGGUCCGCCAGAGUACUCGGAGAUUGGGCGGCUCGGACUCGUGCGCGACGGCAGCCCCUGCGGAGACAACCUCAUCUGCGUGAACCAGACCUGCACCUCCAUCUUCCCCUACAUCGACCACACCAAGUGCCCCACCGACCAUAACAACAACGAGUGCUCAGCUAAGGGGAUUUGCUCAAACCUGAACAAAUGCGUAUGUAACCGAGGUUGGACGGGCCCGGACUGCUCCCAGCCGGACGCCCUCCCCCCCUCGCCGACACCCUACGUGCCUGACAACGCGACCAAAGCGGCCUACAACAUGACCAAGAAGGAAACCGCGUAUGAGAACUACCACGGCUCGAACACGGUAUUCCUCGUGGCGGUGCUCAUGUCUGUGGUAGGGGGGGUAUUCAUAGUAUUUGCGCUGAGCGCUCUCUGCUACAGGUCAGUCGUAGUACACAAAAACUUCUCCCUGUGCCUAAGGAAGAAGAGCACGCUGCCGAAAUACGACCCGCCUUACGUGAAGAAGCCAAUCGCGAAGAGCUUCGCAGCCGGCUCCACCACCUCCAACAACUCUCAAGAGGACAUCUCAAUCGACGGAGGAAAGCUGCACUCCUUCAAUAAUACCUUUAGAAAUCUACUCAGGGUAAUUCCCCGAUUGGGUAAAGAAGAGCAAAAUUUAAAACAUUCCAAAUUUCCCAGCCGCGGGGACUCCCAGCGAGUGAUCUUCAGACACGGGAAUCACAUGUCGGGAGCUGGCAACACUAGCAGAUAUCCAGACCACAAGCAAAUGAAACGUGUGCAUUCUGGUAGCGAAGAUGAACCGACACAUUCAGGUGAAGAAGAUAUAGCCUUCAUAGAUGUACAGCCCAACUCAAUGGCGAAGCUCCCUGAAAAGGGCAUACUCAAGAAACAUGGUUAUGGUGCGGUGGACGGCAAAGACAAGUGGGGAGAUGACUCCCAGUCGGAACAGCUGGAAGCUGGCUCACAGUCUGACGGACAAGAACCUUCGGGGGCAGUUGCUGAUAUGGAGUAUAAGUUUAAGGAUCUAAAUGGCUACCACGAGAAUAUAAUCGUGGCGCUGAAGACGGCCGCAGCGCAGCGGGCGAGCGCUGGAGCAGCCGUCGGUUCGGGAGACCUGCGAGCUUUGCAGGAGUACGAGUACAAGAGAGAACGGGCCCCCAGCGCAGAGAAGAUUCACGAAGCUGAACUAAGAAGACAAAGGGGUGAAGUAGAUGAAGAGGAUGAGGCUCCACCGUGUGGACCCAUCCGAAUCAGGAACCUGGAGGAUCUAAUACGGCAGCUGGAACACCAUUCCAGCAGGCACAUGAGCCCGUCGGGCUCCGAGGACAUCCGGAUGUCGGAGACGGAGGCCGACCGACACUAUAGGAUCGAGGGGGAGGUGCCACCUCGUUGCCGAGGCCGUAUCGGUCCCAGCGAGGAAGAAUCCCGCUUCGGCUAUCCUCGCUUCCGCGGCAGCACGCGUCACCACCCCGCCAUGUUCGCGGCGCCAGCUGCUACAUCCCCCGCUUUAUUACCCCACGUGGCACACAGUACCCACGGGGCUAUUGGGGCGCAUGGGGCGCACGCGGCACUGGCCCACGGGGCGCUUCGUGCCCCGCCGGACGAUGACGCGCUUUACGAAACCGCUGAUGCGGAAAGACUGCGUGACGUCCCAGACAGCGAGAGUGAUGAAUUUAUUCAAGCUCAACAACAGUUAGCCCGGUGGGCGAGUGAAGAGGCGCUGCCGGCGGGGCGCGACUACCUCCCCUCGCCGCCCUCCCCGCGCUCCCCGCGCUCCCCGCGCUCGCCCGGCGACAGCUCCGUCGCCGGCGACCGCGCGGCCGCCUUCCCCGAGUACACGCACUGACGCCGCGCGCCCGCCAUCGCCGCGCACCAUGUAGCGACAUGUGAACACGUAUCCGUUAGCGAAUGUAAAUAAUCGAACUGCACUUAUAUUUAACGAUAUGACUGAAAAAAUAAUCUGUAUAUUGAUAGCGUUAAUUCGAGAGUACGCCGCGCCGCCGCCGGCCCCUAUUUGUGUUGAAAUGUUUACGUUCGUUUUGAAUCAAUACGCUUUAUAACUCUUAUCUUUGUUCGGCGGCCGGCGGCGGAGCGGCCCGUAUGACUGUAUGUUAGUGUUGACGUAACGUUGUCAUCGUUAUAAUAUGUAUGUAUAGCUGUAAGUGUGUGCGGUGCCGAGGUCCUUCGCGUCGAGCUCCCGGACUUCGCGCGAGUAGCUAACGAUUUAGAUAGGCGUUUAACAAAUUGAAAAUAAUAACAAUAUAAUUCGUCGAAGCUUUAAUGUCCCGCUCGGAGCGAGCUCGGCGACGUCACCGGAUCCGAAGCUCAGUGUCCCCUCAGUGUUGCCAACUGCUCCCCAGGAUAUGCACUGAACCGACCUCGAAAAUGCCCUAAUAAAUAGCUUUAAGUCACUAAUCAAAUAAAAUUAUUUGGCGUUGCAAAUCACUAGUCAAAUAAAAUUAUUUGG